AUGACAACGGAAACCAAUAACAACCCAGUAGAAAAUGGGAACGUCCCAGAAGUUUUUGAUGAAUCACACCCUUUGCGGGAGAAUGUUCAAAUCCAGGAAGAGGUCAAGAAGAAAAGAAGUUUUAAAGAAACUUGCAGUUUUGUACUAAAAAAUGUGACGGUAGAACCGACCAUGUUCUUAUUCAUUUUCUCCAUCAUUAUAACAGUUCUCACGUCACAAAAUUUAAAUUUGGAGAAAGCUUGUCGAAUUAAUUUGAAUUUUACAUCAGAAAUCUGUGAUUCUCUAAAAUCACAAACAUUAGGAGAACAAAAUAUAUAUGAAAGAGAUGUUCAACAUUUAGUUGCUAAAGCUAUGUCCUGGAGAACUUAUAUUACGGCUAGUUUGCCCUGUGUACUAGCACUUUUUGUUGGUUCAUGGUCAGACAGAACUGGCUAUAGAAAGAUUUUUCUCAUAGUAGCGAUAACAGGUCAAAUGCUUUCUUGUCUUAAUGGAAUUAUCAAUACUUAUUUUUUCCAUCAAUUAAGAUUAGAAGUCUUUGUCUUUACUGAUGCCGUCAUUGAUGGUUUGUCUGGCUCAUGGUGUAUCUGUCUUCUGACAAUGUUUGCGUAUAUAAGUGCAAUUACUACAAAUGAAAACAGAACAUUCCGAAUGGGUCUCAUCAAUUUUAGUUUAACUGUUGGGUUUCCAAUAGGAAUGGGUCUAAGUGGUAUACUAUUGAAAAAAAUCGGUUACUACGGAUGCUACGGACUCUCAGGGAGUUUACAUUUUUUAAAUAUUCUUUAUAAUGUUUUUAUUCUAAAGGAUCCCCCACGUUCGCCAGAACAAAAAUUACAUGAUAAGAAAGGCAAAUGUCACUUAGCCCGCCUCUUCUUUGAUUUGACAAACGUAAAGGACACAAUACAAGUUGUUUUUAAAAAUGGUCCAAAUAACAGAAGACUUCGAAUAUGUGGGAUGCUUUUGGUAGUUAGUAUUUUAUUUGGACCCAUGCAUGGUGAACUGGCAAUUAUGUACAUAUCGACACGUUAUAGAUUUAAUUGGGAUGAGGUCAUGUUUAGUUUUUUUCAAGCGUACAAUUUUGUGACGCACACGGUUGGAACGUUAUUUUCAAUAACAGUAUUCAGUAAAUAUUUAGGAUGGCACGAUUCAAUAUUGGGCAUCAUUUCAACAACGAGUAAAAUAGCAGCGUCUUUCAUUUACUGUUUCGCAAAGAAUCAAAGGAUAUUCUUUAUAGCACCACUCGUUGAUAUAUUAAAUGGAACGUCACUAUUAGCUAUGAGAUCGAUUCUUUCAAAAAUGGUUCUACCAGAAGAGUUCGGUAAAGUGAAUUCAAUUUUUGCGUUGACUGAAAAUUUGAUGCCAUUGGUGUACGUACCUCUAUACACAGCAGUAUAUAUAGCGACUAUGGAGAUCUUGCCAGGAGCAGUUUUUCUCAUGGGAUCAGGCAUGACCAUUCCCGCUCUCAUAGUGUUCAUUGGAUUGUUAUGGGAGUACAAACGAAAUGAAAGACUGCCAAAUAAACGGGCUGAUAUAGAAUUAUCACCGAAAGAGAAAUAA